AGGCACAUCCGAGUUUACUUGAACAUCUCAGAACGCGAUGAAGCUUCCUUCCGGGGACGAUCCUCUCAAACAGGUAGCGUACAUGCCUUGGCUGCUUCCCCCGACGAUCUGUUAAAAUGAUCGGAGCAGCAACGUGGUGAGCUUCUUGUCAUACGUGGAAGUGUGUUUUGCCAGUGCCAGUGCGUCUUCAAGCUCCACGAGACACCUUUAUUUCCAAGGGUCUCAGGUUCGGCGUGUAUAAUUGCGUAGAAUGCCAGGCACACACGCGAUCAAGGCAGACUGGUCAUGUCAGACACGCGCGCUGACGGGAAAGGGAGCCAUGUGCACCCAUAUUAUAGUUCAUUCUCUAUACGUUUGAUAUGGAUUAUUCCGGCGUUCUUAUCCUCAGUUGACAGGAUGUCCCACCUUCGAACCGAUGAACAUAAGAAGGUCAAAAUCUUCUCACCUGAUGCCCAUCUGCCAACCUAGACUGACUCCAAGUGGAUUUGGUCAGGUCCGAGGCCCCCGUGAGAUAAAGAAUGUUCCCAAGACUGGACCUGGGGAGCACACGGUCAGAUACCAUGUGCAAUCUCGUGGCUCCGGUUGGCCGUCGCGCUGAGAUCCUGGAGAAUGAGGAUAUAAGCGAGGUUAUUCCCGAGCUUAGGCGUUCGGACUCUCAGAGUCCAAAUUUCUACUCGGACGAGAAACAGUCUCAUACUGAUCAUGAUGAGAAGAGUUUCGUGGACGACGAACUGGUGGUCAACGACACGUCGAAGCCAUUCCCCAUAGAACCCGAUGAUAUUGAGGAGACUCAUCAACUUACUCUGAGGGCGUUGGUCGUUGGCUGUGUUUUGGGCGCAGUCGUUGGCGCAUCAAAUAUCUACCUUGGUUUGAAAACGGGCUUCACUUUCGGUCCUCAGCUCUUCGGUGCUAUAUUUGGUUUCGCGAUAAUCAAGCCUCUCUCCAAGGCCGUUCCUGAAUCAGGUAUCUUGGGAUGGCUAUUGGGUGGUCCCUUCGGGCCCAAGGAGAAUUGCACUGUCCAAUCCGCCGCGACAGCUGCGGGAGGCAUCGGUAUUCUGUUCGUCAGUGCCAUUCCUGCCAUGUACCGUCUGCACCUCCUGUCAGUGAUCCCGAAAGACGACAUCGGCAAGCUCAUCGCACUCACAUUCACGGCUGGCUUCUUCGGAGUGUUCUUCGUCAUUCCCCUCCGCAAGUACUAUAUCAUUCACCAAAAGCUUACCUUCCCUACACCGGCUGCAACUGCCUUCACUAUUCGGGCUUUGCACAAUGGAAAGACCGGCGCGAUCGCCGCUCGCAAGAAGUCAUUGGCACUUUUGUUCGCCUUCAUCGCUACCUUUAUAUUCAAAGUGAUGACCGGAUAUGCUCCAGGCAUUCUUUAUGACUGGCACAUCGGUUGGACGCUUUACCGCUUAGGCUUCACGAGCAUCAUUGCUCUGGAUAAUUAUGGCUGGUGGAUUGAAUUCACACCGGCCUUCUUCGGAGCUGGAAUGCUUAGUGGGUUGAACGCAUCGUGGAGUUUCUUGGGUGGUGCCGUGCUUGCAUGGGGAAUCAUCGCUCCCUCUUUGAUCAAGAAUGGACUUGCAUUCGGUGCAUCUAUUUCAGAUGAAUUCCCUCUUGUUUCCUACCAAGGACUUUCAUUCGACGAUCCCGCCAAGUAUAUUACUGCGCCUUCUCCCCGGUACUGGUUAUUAUGGCCCGGCGUCCUGAUGAUGUUGGUCUACUCGUUUGCUGACCUCUUCAUGAGCUCAAUCCCUGCCUUCAUGGGGUUCAAAUUCAGACAGAUCAAGUGGAACCCAAAGGCUUGGUUUACUCACACCGACGAUGAAAAUGAUGAGGACCCCACACCAUACGAGGACCGAGUUCCGAACACUUGGUGGAUGUCCGGUCUCCUGGCCAGCAUCAUUAUGUGUGUUGCUAUCCUUGCGAAGAUGUUCCACAUGAACGUCGGAGAGGCAAUCUUGUCCCUCGUCCUAGGCUUCCUUUUCUCGUUCAUCGGAGUACAGUCUUCAGGUACGACAGACGUAAACCCCGUCAGUACCGUCGCGAAGGCAUCUCAACUCAUCUUGGGUGGUAUCGGCAAGGGUAGUGGUCUUAGCCAGAGCUCAGCCCAAAUGAUGAACCUGACAGCUGGUGUUGUCUCCGCUGGUUCCGCCGCUCAGGCUACCGACAUGACUGGUGACUUGAAGACUGGAUUCUUGCUCCGCGCUAAGCCAAAGAAUCAGUUUAUCGCUCAGCUUGUUGGAUCGGUCGUUGCUACCUUCCUUAACGUCGGGCUAUUCAUCCUGUUCACUACUGCUAGUCCUUGUAUUAUCGAUCCUCCUGCCAGCGGCGAGUGUACCUACGGCGCACCUUCUGUCAGCGCAUGGGCUGCUGUAGCCGUGGCUGUAUCGUCACCCAAGCUGCCCAUUCCGGCAUCUUCUGGAUACACUGCCAUUGGGAUCAGUAUCUUCGCCGCUAUUAGCGUCGUUGUCAAGCAUCUCUGGAUCCCCAAGAAGUACUGGGUUUACGUACCUAACUGGAACGCCGUUGGCUUGGCGUUCGUCGUCCCUCAAACAUUCUACCCAAUCGCCAUGGGUGCUGGUUCUGUCUUCAACUACAUCUGGUUGAAGCGCAAUCCUAAGGGCUUCGAUAUGUACAUGUUUGCCGUAGCGGCGGGUAUGCUUGCCGGUGAAGGUCUAGGUGGUGUUUUCCAAGCUCUUCUAGCUGUUGCUAAGGUCGAUGGUUCCCUGUUUGGAACUGCUAUUGGCUGUCCAGGAUUUGAGUUCUGUGGCUGAUGAUAGAUGAUAAUGAUGAUGUCCGUUGCACGAAUAAUGCCACGAAUUGCAGAUGCAUGAAUGGUGAUGUGGGUUCAUAGGAUAGUUCUUGUACUGUAAUGUCUCCUUACAAGCCAUCUGUUGUAAUAUAAGCAUUGACUUCUGGAUUGCAUCUGACUCGAGCC